UUACAGAGAAAGAAGUAGAAAACAACCAGCCAACAAAAAGCUAACGCGUGAUCCUCGCUCUAAAACCGUGUAAACCCUUCUCGGCAUCUUAAAAAUCACAUCUUCAUAUACUUCAGAUCUUAAAAAUCAAAUUUUUAUUUAGAAAACCAAGGCUUCCAUCCUUCUUCUUCAUGGAUUCUCAUCCAGAUAACACAAAUACUUCCUUCCACCCACAGCCUUCACCUGCCCAGCUCCUUUCCAGCGCCAAGGUGGUGGCGAACGCCGCCAAAUCAGCUCUCCGCCAUGAAUCCGCAGAGUUAGACAAGGCGAAGCUGGCUGAGGCUGCUGAGGAUCUUCUGAAUGCUGCUUCUCACUAUGGAAAGAUUGAAGAGAAGAGCUAUGGAAAGUAUGUGCAAAAGGCAGAGAGCUAUCUCCACCAGUACCACUAUUCCCAUUCCUCUUCUACUUCGCAGAUUACUUCUUCCACUGCCCAUUCUUCUUCAGCUGGCCACUCUGUUCAUGGCGGAGGAGGAGUUUCGGAUGGUGGAUUUGGGGAUUAUCUGAAGCUUGCAGAGGGGUUUUUGAAGAAACAUUAAUAAAGCUUUUGUUCCCUCCCCCCCUCUCUCUCUCUCUCUCUCUCUCUCUCUCUCUCUCUCUCUCAAUUUGGAUUUAGUAAUUCCUGUAAAUCUAAGUUUUAUGAAUAUUGAGGGGCUUUAUUAUAUUUCGAUAGAUUGUUUGGCAUAUCUAAUAUCUUACUGUAAAUUUUAUAUAAAUACCAUCCUAUUUAUG